AUGAAUAAUAUCAACAAUGCCAUGUUUUCUGUGAAUAGACUACUAAAUUAUAAAAGCUGUCUUAACAGAAUAGCUAAUCAAAAACCAGCAAUUAAUUUUGUAUUGUUUUGCCUUAAGAAACAAUUUUAUCAUAACAAUAAUCUCAAACAGGGGUCAACUGAACUCAUCAUUAAAGAAUCUCUUCCAAAUUCAAAAAAACAAAAACCUGAAAUUCCUAGAGAGUUAAUUCAUAAAGAUGAUCCCGACCGAUUUGGUGUUUUGUCAGGAACUGCAAUAUUUACUAGCAAGUACGACAGUGAUAUUGGAGAUAAGGAAGAAGAUGAAUAUCUAACUGAGCGACCUCACUAUCUACCUACAAUUCAAUAUGCAAAACUAAUGAAGGAGGAAUUGAAAAACAAACGAUUGAAAAAUGCUUUAGAUAUCUUAGAAAUCAAAAUGUUAAAAGAAGACAGGGCUAAACCUGAUAAGUACAUUUAUAGUAUCUUAAUAUCAGGCUGUGCAGCUGUUGGUUAUACUAAAAAGGCUUUUAUGUUGUUUAAUGAUAUGAAAAAAAGAAACCUGAAAAUUUCAGGAGGCAUAUAUACUUCAUUGUUUAAUGCUUGCGCUAAUAGUCCUUGGCCAGAAGAUGGUUUAAAAAGAGCCACUCAAUCGGGAUUGAUGUUUGAAAAACAUUAUGAACCAAAUAUUACAAAUUAUAAUGCGAUGAUUAAAGCUUUUGGAAGAUGUGGUGAUCUUAAAACUGCUUUUAUGCUUGUUGAUGAAAUGAUUGAUAAAAGACUGAAUGUUCCUAUAAGUACUAUGAAUUUUUUGUUACAAGCUAGUAUUAGUGAUAAAAUUGCAGGUUUUAGACAUGGAUUAUUGGUGUGGAGAAAAAUAUUACAUAUGAAGAAAAAGCCUGAUGUAUAUACAUUCAAUUUAUUACUGCACUGUAUAAGAGAUUGUGGACUUGGCGAUAUUGAAGAAUCAAAAUCAUUUUUUGAUAAUUUAAAUGAAGGUUCUAAAAGAUUAGAUGGACCAUCUAAUCAAAUUUUAUUAAAUUCUCCUUCAAACAAUUCUGUAUUAAAAACACAAGAUGCAAAUGAAGUAGAGAACAAUUUGCCUAAUCUACUAUCUCAAACACCCCAUUUUGGGAAAAUCGUGGACAUUACAGGCAUAACAAAUCCAGAGCACAGAUUACUUUUAUUAGGAGGUGCAUCUGGUUUCUUAAAAGAAAUGUAUGUUCAUAAAGCAGUACCAGAUUUAAAAACUUUCACACAAUUACUCCAAGUGAUACCUUCAACAAAUGCUGCUGAGACUGCUUUGCUAAGAAUGAUGAAAAAAACUGGUAUUAAAGUUGAUGUUUGUUUCUUUAACAUGUUGAUGAAAAAAGUGUUACGUUAUGAAUAUGAAAGCGCUAAG